AUGGCAUGCUUUGUGCCUUUUAAUGAUAGAAAUUUAGAUAUAAGCUUUUUUGUGUUUAGGCCAACUGUUGUACUUGAGGAUGAUCUUGUGAAGGCCUUAAAACACUUCUCUUUAUGCACUGAGACUCUUGGCUGUGUUCACAGUGCUGUAUUUAGGAGUAUUCAUGGGAAUAUGAUCAUAUGGUAUGGAGCAUGGAUUAAGAGGUCUAGUGAGAACAAGGAGUUACUCAAUGCAGCCCUUAUAUCAAUGUUGGCCGAUGUAUCAAGCAUGGCUAUCUUAAUUGAUCAUAGCUUCUUUGAUGCAUAUGGUGGAGAAUCAAGAGAUGGCUCACCAGCAGCAAAAUUUUUCCCCGGCGACACGAUUUCGAUGCAUUCAGGAACCAUUACUGCUGAUACCAUGAAUCAAACUGACUUCUCCUAUGCAUGCUUAGCCAUAUUCAAAUCGCGUUUCGUAAAACUGGAAGGUGCAUCUGCUGGAGUGUGCUUAAAAUGCCGUAGUAGGCCAAGAGUGGUGACUCUUUUGGUGUGGAAAUCUCUCCAUUCCUGCUACUCUUGGAUUCUAAAUUCCGAUUAUCGGAAGACUUUUCUUCCCUAUCUUGAUGGCUUCUCUGUUGAUGUCAAGUAUGACAUUUUCAGGGUUGUUUUUGUUAGUAGUGACAAUGUACUGAACUUUCAGUACUACCCUCCUCAUCAGAUGUUGGAAAAUGUGGUAGAAAGUAAAGGAAACUAGGUUUAAAGAGAGAGAGAGAGAGAGAUAG